AACUCGCGGCUGAAGGCGACAGCAAUCUCACCGGUCAGCAGGGUCACCAGGCCGCGGUGCAGGCGUGAGUCGCUCCAUGUGAAGCUGGGUGGCAUGGAGAGGGGGUCAGGACCUCCACACAGCCCCGGAGGCCUGGCCUGGACAUCACCAGCCCCAAACCUGGUCUCAGGGCAGGCUGUGUGACCAUGACUUUGGGCAAGUCUUGCCACUCCUCUGUAGAACGGGAACCACUGGGGUACCAACCCCAGAGGGUUGAUGUGAGAGCACGUUAAGAUAUUAAAACUAUCAUCUAGAAUCAGACUUGAGUUUAAACCUGAGCUUUGCCUGUCCCGAGGGACGCCUCAGUUUCCCUGUCUGGAAAGAGAUGAGGUUUGAAUUUCUGACACCCACAGGGGCUGUUUUAAAACUCAGCUGCUUCCUAUGACUGACAUUUAUAGCAUAUGCUGUGUGCCAGGCUCUGGCUGUGCCUGCUCUGUGCCUGUUUGCUCUGUGCCUGUUUGCUCGCCUGGAAGAUGGAGCUAAUACAGAAGAAGAUUCAAACAAGAGAACACAGGUCAAGUGCCCUGCACAGUGCCUGGCACGUGCCCAGCCUAUGAUCUGUGGUGAGCAGUGCCCUUCCGAGUCCUGUCAUCACGAUGGUUGCUAUUUAAAGCAUCUAGCACUGGUCCUGCACACAGCAGGGAUUCAAUAAAUGCCCUCUUUGGAAUUAAAUGAACCUGGGUUCUAAUUCUGGCUUGGGGAGCCUUGGACACAUCACUUUCUCUUCCUAAGCCUCAGUUUGCCAUGGCUAGCUCUUGUACCUGGAGGGCGUAGAACCCAGCACCCAUCAGAGCGGACAAGUUAGUGGCUGUGUGUUCUUACCUGGGCAGGGUGGCGAUGUCCACGCUCCCUGACAGGUCAACCUGCCCCUCAGAUUGUGACACCCCUCCCCCACCUAUGACCUCACUUCUAGAGCAGCCAAUGGGAAUCCUGAGGGGUCUGUGAGGUCCCCCUAUUCCGCUCCACAAAGACUCUUGUGGAGCAGCAGCCGCUAGCUCGUCUAUGUCCCACAAAAGCUUCUGAGACCCGAGGACUCAAGAGCUGUGGUCACGACGGAGCUCCUGAGACGGACGCUGAGCAUUCGGAACUAAGGACAUUUCAAGUGCUGACCCUGAGAGGCCAGAACCAAGGGCUGAGGUCUUGUGGGCGUGAGGAGAGUUAUUCAGCAGUUCCAGGAGGCCCAAGAAGCCCACGGCCUGGCUAGGGCACUGUCACUGUCGCCAGGCCACCAUGGUCCUUGGCUGGCUGCUGCUUCUGGUGGCGGCGUUGCCCCAGGGCACAACAGGUGUCAAGGAGUGCAUCUUCUGUGAGCUGACAGACUCCUCAAACUGCCCUGGCACCCACAUGCACUGUGGCGACGACGAGGACUGCUUCAUGGGCCAAGGGACAUCCCCAGGCCUCAGCCCCAUCAUCAACAAAGGCUGCGUGAGAUCGACUUCGUGUGGCCGUGAGGAGCCUGUCACCUACCAGGGUGUCACCUACAGCCUCAUCUCCACCUGCUGCUAUGGCCACCUUUGUAACAAGGGCCCCAUCCCUGCAGGCAGCUGGAUGGCAGGGGCCACCAGCAGCCUGGCACUGGACAUGCUGCUGCUGCUGCUACUCUAUUAGCUGUGACCCAUGUCGAGGGCAAGGCCUGGGACUGGUCUCCCAGUUCCACUGCUCCCCAUGCUCCCUGCUUCCACCCCUUCCCCCAUUAAAUGGCCAGAGGCCCUGGACAACCUCAUGUGGCCCUUGCUCAUUCCAUUCUAGGGCUGUCCACCAGGAGCCCAGGAAUCCGUGAAGCACCCUGAUGCCUGAUUUAAUGGUGGGGACCAUGCCCAGUGUGUUUGACCAUACUACUGUAUUUCAUUGCUUCUAAGAUGUGCAUCUUUUCACAUUUUGAUUAGGAUGUUUCCUUUCAUCUGUGGCACCUAGAGUCAAUGAAAUAUGGUAAUAAUAAUAAUAACAUUAAUAAAGAGCAGCUGACGUUUAUGGAGUACUUCUGAUGUGAUGUGUGAGGCAUCACCAUCUCACCGAAUCCUUGUGCAAAGGUGGGGACGGAAGAUUCUCUUCGAAACAUCUCAGUCUCAAUGCUGUUGGUUCUCAAAGUGUGAUCCCCAGACCAUUAGCGUUAGUAUCAACCAGGAACUUGCUAGAAAUGCCAAUCCUUGGGCCCUGUCCCAGGCUGGCGGAAUAAAGGUGGACCAGAAAUCUGUGUUUUAACAGAUGCCAAUGCACGCUCAAGGCUUGAAAGCCACAGGUCUAGGUCAGCAGUUCUCAACAGGGCACUUCUGCCCAUCUGGGGUGGGAGGGAGGUGGAGCUGCACCUGGUAACAUUGGGGGACAUUUUAGGUUGUCAUAACUAGGGAAGGGGACGCUACCGACAUCUACUGGGUAGAGGCCAGGGACGCAGUUCAGCAUCUGACAAUGCCCAGGAAAGCCCCACACACUUAGUCAUUGGCCCCAAAUGUGAGUACUAACUCUGUUGUGAAACCUUGCUCUCAAGGCACUAACCAUAUCAUCCUGUUCUGUUAGGGAGAAAACGGAGGCACAGAGAGGUGACGUUGUUGCCCAGUCACAUAGCUAGUCACCAGCAGAGCUAGGAUUUGAACCCCAGGCAUCUGGGCCCAGAGUUCAUGUGUCCCUGCCACCAUGCUAUGAUCCAAUGAGGUAUGUACUCAUUUUUCACACUUUCCAGAUGGGGAAACUGAGGCUCAGAGCGAGGGAGGCCCAGUGUCACAGAACUAAGAAGUUGCAGAGCCAGGGUCCAGAGUGGACUAGACCCCAAAGAGAGCAGAGGAGUAGCAUCAAACGGUCUGAGGACCAGGCCAUGGCCCAUUUGCACAGCAGGUCUCAUUUCUUUCCAGACUCUCUGAGAGGUGGCGUUACUCAUCCCAGGCAGAGCUUGGACUCCAAUCCAGGUCCUCCUCGUUUUGAAACCCCCACACACUAACUGAGGGCCCCAUUUUCCAGGUGAGGAAACACAGAGUCAAAGAGAUGAAGACUUACCCCAGGCCACUAAACAGGCCAACCACAGGGCCAGGGCGGGACCAGGCAGGCCUGGCUCCAACCCCAAACCCGUCCUGCCUGACAACAGCUCCUAUCCUGGCAGAGUGUUUAGACCCAUUUCACAGAUGAGGAAAGAAAGGCUGGGAAGCGGAUCCAACUGCUCUCUGAGCAAGCUGAGGGAGAAUUGGAGACAGGAUAUUGGGCAGUGUGGCG